AUAGCAAGAAACGAGUCCCAUGUAAACCGUUAGGUGAAUGCACCUGAACGCACCUUGGCUUGUCACUACAGUUACUAUAGAAACGAAACAUAGCCCGGGACAGCUAAUGUUUGCUAGCUGAAGACAGCACUGGGACAUGUAGCAUUUGUUCAUUUGUCAAAAAUGGAGGAUCGUUACGCCUUUCUUACCGAGUGGUAUGACCCUACUGCAGCACUCCUGCGGCGCUACCAACUGUUCUACUACCCUAAAGAUGGCUCAGUGGAAAUGUUUGAUGUAAAAAACCAGCGAAUAUUUUUGAGAAGGACCAAAUAUGAUGACCUCCAUCCUGAGGACCUGUUCGUUGGGAAUCGAGUGAAUGUGUUCUCACGACAGCUUAAUCUGAUUGACUAUGGAGAUCAGUACACAGCAAACAAACUCGGCAGCAAAAAAGAAAGAACUCUUGCUUUGAUAAAGCCAGAUGUUGUUACCAAGAUCGGAGAUGUCCUUGAACUGAUAUACUCCUCCAACCUGAUUGUGACCAAAGCCAAAAUGACAAAGCUUACGUGGAGCCAAGCGGCAGACUUUUAUGUGGAACAUCAGUCAAAGCCUUUCUUCAAUAACCUGGUGCAGUUUGUGUCCUCGGGCCCUGUGGUUGCCAUGGAGCUGAUGGGUGAUGAGGCCAUGUCUAUCUGGAGGAGGCUCCUGGGACCUGCAGACUCCACUGUGGCGCGGAAGGAGGCACCGCAGAGUGUCCGUGCCCAGUUUGGAACAGAUGGCAUCAAAAAUGUUGGACAUGGCUCUGACUCAAUUGCUGCAGCAGCAAGAGAGCUUGAGUUUUUUUUCCCAUCCACAAUUGGCCACGGCCCCUCUAAUACAGCCCUCUAUACAGACUGCACAUGCUGCAUCAUCAAACCUCAUGCCAUAUCAGAAGGUCUGACGGGCAAGAUCCUAAACUCCAUAUCUGCUGCUGGAUUUGAAAUCUCAGCCCUUCAGAUGUUCAACGUGGACAGGGCAAAUGCAGAAGAGUUCUAUGAAGUUUACAAAGGUGUUGUCACCGAGUAUCCUAGUAUGGUGACCGAGCUGUGUUCUGGACCCUGCAUGGUCCUGGAGAUCCAUGGCACCAACGCACCGCAGUCAUUCAGGGAAUUCUGUGGGCCCGCUGAUCCAGAAAUUUCGCGGCAUCUUCGCCCAACCACAUUGCGUGCACUUUAUGGCAAAGAUAAAGUGAAAAACGCAGUCCACUGCACAGACCUCCCUGAAGACGGUGUUCUGGAGGUGCAGUAUUUCUUCAAGAUUUUGGACGGGUGAAUGUAAAGGAGAAAAGAUGUGUAACUACAUAUUCAAAGACUUCACAGUUGUCUCAUUUUUUUGUUUAUUGUUUCAGCCUUAUGCAGAUUAAAUAAAGUGACAAGAGCAGA